ACAACAUUUCAGGGCAGAAAGGAGAUUUCACAAUUAAGAACGAAGUGCCUACACUACAGAGCAGGGCAGGCUCACAGCCAAUCAGUUGACAAACGAUUGAAAUUUGUGGGAAGCCCCAAUUUUCGGAUUCACAAUCUCACAACCGUUUCUUGUUGUCGCAGCCUCCUUCUCGGUCUCAGAACAAGCGGAAUGGCUGGUCAUAAGAUUGCUCAUGCCACACUGAAAGGACCAAGCGUUGUCAAGGAGAUAUGUUACGGCAUGGUGCUUGCUUUGGCUACCGGAAGCCUUUGGAAGAUGCAUCACUGGAAUGAGCAGAGGAAAGUGAGGGUGUUCUAUGACUUGCUUGAAAAAGGUGAAAUUAGUGUUGUUGCUGAGGAAUAGAUGGUUUCCAUCAUGAUUUGAUGGAUGGCUUCAACAGUGUAUUAAUCAAUCUUUCCUUUCCAGGGCUCCUGAACUUGAGAUGAGCUUAGUUUGGGUAUUGAAAUAAUAAGUUUAUCGUACUUUUGUGCGCUACAGUAUUGUUUCAAAUUAAUGUUGUUGAUAUUUGUUGCUCCCUUGUGAUUGCAUUUAUGGUAUGUUAUAUGGUUGUUUUCUAAUGAA